AUGUUUGACGUGUCGAGGACUUUCAUGCAUUUGCUAAAAUGCUUCGUCGUCACAUUCAUUAUAGCUAUCGUGACGCGGACCUACUACCAGAAUAAGAAAUGCAAGUUGGAAGAACAGGCACUGAUAGCUCAACACGGUUGCCAACCUGUACUCGCCACUCUGCCCUACAAAUGGCCCUUUGCAAUAGAUCUACUCAAGCUUCAAUAUGAUGCACUUCCGGAAGGCCGCUUGUUAGAAUUUCAGACCAAGUACCUCGAAAUUGCCCCAACGCUUCGAUUCGAUAUUCUGGGCACAGGAUUUGUUACAACUGACCCUGCCAAUAUUGAAGCUAUUACUAAUAGCCGAUCGGAGGACUUCAUUUUAGGAUCUCGCCGAAAGGGCCUCUACCCUCUUCUAGGUGAAGGGAUUUUCACCCAGGACGGCUUGGCUUGGAAGCAUUCUCGCGAGAUCCUUCGCCGUCAAUUCGCCCGCGUUCGGGAAGGGCGCUUGGGUGCACUGGAACCACACGCAACUGAAUUGACCAGGGCAAUUGCAAUGGAAGCAAAAGAGAACCCCGUCGGAAUUGUCGACCUGCAACCACACUGCUUCGAAUACACUCUUGGAACUACGACAGACCUUCUUUUUGGUGAAUCGCAUAGUAGUCUGCCCCAAACUUCUCGACAGUCCCUGCGUGAUGACUUUGACUACGCUGUCAUGGUGUCCGCCCUGCGUUUGAGAUUGUGCGACUUUGCGUGGCUUUACAACCCAAAGCGGUUUCGCGAGGCUUGCCGCGGUAUUCGUGAAUGGGCGUCUUAUUUUGCUGACAAAGCAAUCAACUAUAUCGAAGAUAACGGCGAAGACAGUACCAAAAACAAGUACGCAUUCAUUGGGGAUCUCUGGAGAAGCUUAAAGGACCGUACUCUGGUACGCGAUCAAUUACUACACGUUCUGAUCGCCGGGCGAGAUACUACCGCCUGUCUGAUGAGUUGGACAUUCAAAAGCUUCCAUCUGGUUCGGAACCCACCACUUCUCGAUCGUCUGAAGGAGGAGAUAAACACAGUCUUCCAAUCCGAUGAUCAAGAGAUCACCCGCAACGAUAUCCAGAAACUUCCAUUUCUGAGCUGCUGCCUUAAAGAAAGUAUGGCUUUGACCUGUUUUCUACCAGUCAACCAGCGUUACGCCGCACGUGACACUGUUCUACCACGGGGUGGAGGACCCGACGGCACUUCUCCUAUCCUUCUUCGUAAGGGCAACGGUGUAGGUUGGUCAGCAUAUCACCUCCACCGACGGGAGACAUUGUAUGGACCUGACGCCAAGGAAUACCUACCGGACCGGUGGGCAAGUGGUGAAUUGAUUCGUAAAGUUGGUCUAGGCUCCGGCUUCUUAGACUUUCAUGCGGGCCCGAGGGUUUGUCUCGGUAGUAAGUUAUUUCAUAGCCAGGUUGGCUUCAGCUACAUGCCCACUACGAUGCUAAUAGGUGUUUUUGUAGAAGACUAUGCACUUAUGGAAGCUAGCUAUGGAAUCAUUCGGGUUUUGCAGAAGUAUCCUUCCAUGAAGCUGCCGCCAGGGAUUCCGAAUCUACCUGUUGGGGGGGAGAAACAGAAUAUGACUUUAGUUCUUUCUAGUGCUGAUGGCGUGAAGGUCCUUCUGGCUUAG